AUGGAGCAUUACCCAGAAUACUAUGUGUCGCAGCUGGCCCCAUUGGUUGUUAUCCAGGGCUUGGGAAAAGAGGCGCCACAAAACACGUCUUCUCAUAGAUCAACGCCGAUGGAUUCGUACAAAUUGAAGAAUCGGACAGAAUCCCAUCCGUCAUUAGGAGAAAGCAAUUCCGAAAAGCUUGAAAGGAUUCUUCCAGAGGUCUCAACCGAGUUUUCCAGCCAAUUGAUCAAUCUUUUCAGACGUCAUGAUAUAAGUGACGAUGUUUGGUGCAGUCAGUUCACUAAAACCAGUUAUAACAGCAAUACCCUUGUAUAUAAAUUCAGAUUUGUCGAUGUCAAAUUUAGACUCCCGAAUAUUGCCCAGCUACCAGAAACCCCGGUAGUGAAGCAAUUGCCGCUUGUGUCGGCUGAGAAGUCCAUAUUAUCACCGUUCAAUCCGAACUCUGCGAUUUACCCCCAAGGGAUUUUAGAUGAUCAUUGGUUAAUAAAAUAUAAAGAACUAGUACCUUCGGUGUUUAUAUCAGUUCAUAGAAUUGUUGCAGAAAAGGAUCAAUCAAAUGAUGAUCCAGAUUAUUUCACCAAAUUAGAUAUGGGGUUAUCUAAGGAAAUCACCACCCUCAAGAAUCAGACUCAAAAUCGGGGAAUCAGGUUCCUUGAAAUUAUCGUAUCAGACCAAUCCAAUUCGACUAAUCCUGAACUCAGUGACCGUAUAAACAACAUUAGAAACAUCACUGGCUUGGCGCCGCGCACCGGAUUAUUGUUCUUACCUGCUGGUUCUGGUAAAGAAUACAACAUUUUUGUCGAGGCAGUGCUUCAUUUAAUCAGACCGUGGUGUUUUGAUUAUUAUAUCAAUUUGGAAAAGAAAUUCAGAAGAAAAAGAGUUAAUCCUCCAACAACCCAGUUAUCAAAAUCAAUAACUUUGUCGGAAACCCACGACAACUCUGGAAAGAUCACAGGUUAUAGUUUAGAUCAAUGGGAUGCUAGAUACUCACUGAAAUUGGCAUUGACCAACUUAUUUCAUCAAAAUAAUGAAAUGUCUGUCAAGCAUCUUGAAUCGGCAUAUGAAUCUUUAACAUUGCUUGCUGGGGAUAUUCCCUUGGCCGCAUGUUAUAAUGAUGAAAGUGCAGUUUUACUUUGGCACCAAACAAGACAACUAUUGGAUAUUCUCACCAUAAAUAUUGUUAGGGAGUAUUUGUACUUGGAAUUGGCAAAUAAGGCCUAUAGGAGAUUUGACAACCACCUUCUGAAUGUGAUGUCGAUAAUUAAAAAGAAAAGCAUUGAUUCAAAAUCAUAUGCUGCAUACAAUUGGUUAUCUAUCCAAUUUGAAUGGUUUGGUGAGCUUUGCGUCAUGGCUGAUGAAUAUAUUGUCCCAGUUGACAAGCCACUACUCAAUGAUUUCAAUUUUGGAGCUCUGGCAAUGCCUCAACCAGGAUAUGUUUUCCUUCAAUCAGUGAACUUUUCACGAAUCGCUAAGGGGAAAACUGAAUCCAUGGCAUUAGCAAAUAAAAUAAUUGAUAAACCGAUUAAGGAAAAACUUAUUCUUCUGGAAAAAGAUGCAAAAGCGUUCCUAGAAACUAAAGAUAUAUCCAAGAAUGUUGUGCUCAAAUACGAUGAUGGUGCUUUUGAAUUUUUUGAUUGUUAUUUGAGCCUUCCGGUGGAAAAGCAGGUACAUUUCCCAUUCCAUCAAAAAUUGAUAGUGCUUCUUCAAAAAGCAUCGGUAUCAUUUAUGAAAGCCAAGGCUAAUGAUUUUGAACGCUCGAUAAGCUAUAUCAAUUUCCAACUUGGAGAAGAAAAUUAUUGUCUUGGGAAUUCUGAAAAAGCUAUUGAGUAUUACGAAGAGUGUGUUGGGUAUUAUAAGCAAGAUAACUGGAGAACUAUUCUUGUUUGCAUCCUUUACAAGCUCGUUUGCAGUCUUGCAAAAGUAAAAAAAUGGAACGCCCUUAUCAUGUACAUGCUUGAGUUGGCAAUUGUUGAUGAAAUUUUUUAUACUCCGGAGAUUAAGAGACUUCUAAACGAAAUGGAAAUCCAGGACUUACUUAGUUUCGAAGAAGGAAAGGAGUUACCGUUGAUAAAUAUCUAUCCUUUAGAUGAAACAAUUUUGCCACCCCAUCUUUUCACGGGUGUCUUCUUGUUCAAAGAUCAUAUUUUGCCCUUGUCAAAAACUUGUCAAAUGCAAUUGAGUUUGAAAAAUUUGAUGAAUUCGUUAGUGCUCGUGAAUUUGAAUUUGGAAUCGAUUGUUAUAGACUUUGAGGGCUAUUUGAAGCCAAUUGUUUUGAGACACGAUGAAUCUAAAGAGGAUCUAAAGUUGAAUGAUUUGAAGGAAGAAGAUUUUGCUAACGAGUUUGAUGAAAAUAUGGAUAAGGAUGUUCUUGUUGGUAAUACUAAUUUGUCAUUUCAAUCGCAAGAACACAAGGUUUUCCAGUUCUCACAACUUGCUAGCAAGAUCGCCAAUAAUUCCGUGAGUUCUAUUGUGCUCAAUCUUGCCCAUCAGAAGUUCAAAUUGAAAUACUAUUUGCCGACAAUCCCUCAUUUAGCGGAUGAUGGGUUUUUGGAUAGCAAAAAUAAUCUGGCUAAAGUCACCCCACAUAGCGUGGAUGUUAAUCUGAAUUAUUAUGUUAACAGAUUACCAAAAACCAAUUUCUUUUGGAUCAGAGGAGCCACUAUGAAAAAAACCAUUGUGAGCACCCCCAACCCAUAUGAAUUCAUUACCAUUCCAAGAAGACCGGAAACCCAGAUUUCCGUGGAGAAUCCUACCAGUGCUCAUAGUAAUGAAAUUUACGAGUUGAAACUUGUGAUAGAUAAUAAUGACAAAGAAGAUAUCGGGAUGAUUUUCCGGCCGCUUGUCAAGAUGUAUGAUACCAAAUCUUUGGCUCGUCCUAGUUCGAGAGUAUCGCUGACGGUUACUUCACCGCGUAACAGUCUUGAUCUCAGAGACAGACUGCCUGGGGACUUGGGUGAUAGUAUACUUAGCCAAGCGGCGGUUGCUACUGAUAAAGGGGUACGAAUUAUGAAAUUGCAAUGGGAUGCGUUUGAUAAAUUGGUGGCAGAUGAUGAUGUGGAUGAUCGUAAAGAUUUGGAUUUCCGGUUGAAAAACGUGAAAGCCACAAGCAAAGAGCAUCAUUCGCUAUUCAUCAAGGUGCCUAAUGUUAUCCACAAGCAUUUUGUCAUCAAGAUUGAAUGCAGUUUUUUCACUGGGGAUAAUAUUGUUAAACAACAGGAAUCGGAAGAAGAAAUGCGCACCUUGGGAACCAGGGAUACUUUUAGUAUUAGAACUCCAAUUGCUGCUCCAGUAACUUUUUCAUUCGGAGUGUUACCAGAAGUGAGAUUCGAAGAUAUCCCCAACAGUUUCUUAUUUGAUUCUACGAACCCAUAUAACAGUGAUAGUAUCGUGGCCCACUCAAGAACUUGGUGCGGUAGGCCAGUAAUCAAAUACUCCAGUAAUAUCCCUAUUGAUAUCAUCGAUAUAUAUUCAGAAGUGGUCACUCCGAACCACGAAGAAUUCAUUUGUGAAAAGCUUGAUUAUAAUGAAAAAUUUGCUCCGGUGACUUUAGGCACCGACCAUCAACAAAUUGUCAAACUGAAACAACUUUUUACCACCAGGAAAAAGAACCUGAAACAUCAUUCGAACAUCCCGGUGCAUUUUAAAGUGAUAGUGAAAUGGAAACGUCAUGGCAAUCACGAAGCAGGGAUCAUUAAUACCACCGAGUCGCAAAUUUGGAAACUCACUCUCCCAUUAUUCGAACCAAGAGUGUUGUUCAACAUGACCCCAGUUGACCAUGACGAAAAACUGUUCAAUUUCCACUAUAUCAUUGAAAACCCCACCCCAAGGAUUUUUUCUUUCUCUACUUUCAUUGAAAGUAAUGACAAUUUCGAGGUUUCCGGGUACAAUAGAGACCUUUCUCAGUUACCGGUGUUACCAUUCACCAGACAACCUUUAGAAUUCAAGGCGACGGCAAAGAAACGGGGAACUAAAUUGAAGAUUCCUGGGUUGAAAGUGUACGAUUUGGUGUAUAAAGUGACGCUACCAGUAUUAUUGGCGACCACCGAUGCCCUGGCCGAUAGAUCGGAUAUUUAUAUCCUGGUGUGA